AUGGCUGCUCCUAUGAACCACAAGGACUUGGAGAAGACGGAGCAGCAUGAGUCGCUGCCCGUCGUGGUGACGGCUGAGGAGGCACUUACCCGCGCCCGCCAACAACCGAACGUUGCCCUGCCGCUGCGCAUCACCUUUGACCACCAUGACCCCGACAAUCCGCGCUGCUGGGGCUUCUGGCGCAAGUGGUACAUCACCGUAUUCGUGAGCAUGCUCAAUGUCAUUACCACCUGGUGUUGUGGUUCCUUCUCGUCUGGCGCCACCCAAAUUGCCGAUCACUUCCACGUUUCGAGUGAGGUCACCACCUUGUGUUUGUCCCUCUACGUCCUGGGCUACGCCGUUGGCCCUGUCCUACUCGCCCCCUUGUCGGAGUACUUCGGCCGCCAGCCGAUCUACAUCGUCUCCUGGUUCAUCUUGUGUAUCUUCCAGUUGCCCUUGGCACUGGCCCCCAACAUUGGUACCAUUCUCGUGUGUCGUCUGAUUGCCGGCUUGGCUGGUGGUGCCCCCUUGACCAACACCGGCGGUACGAUCAGUGACCUGUGGGAGCGAGACCACAGUGGUUGGCCCAUGGCGGUGUACGGCCUCAGCAGCACCGCGGGCCCUCCCCUGGCGCUCGUCAUGAGCGGUUACAUCGGUCUCGACCUGGGCUGGCGGUGGAUCUUUUGGAUUAUGAUGGCCAUCAGCGGUGGGUUCUGGAUCGUGCUGGUCUUCACGAUCCCCGAGACCCGCCAUUCCAUCCGCCUGCAGCGCAAGACCGCCAAGAUCCGUCGCCAGAUGGAGAAGGAAGGACUGCGGUCGGCGGAGUCGCUGGACGACAUCCAUGGCGACAACCGCAAGGGACUGCACCAGUUGCUCGCCAUCACCCUGACGCGACCCGUCCGCUUUCUGUUCACCGAGCCCAUCACACUCUUCUCGGCCAUCUUCAACGGCUUCCUCUAUGGCCUCGUCUACCUGUUCAACGAAGCCUUCCCUCUCGUGUUUGGUGCUCCCCACGGCCACGGCUUUAACGUCGGCCAACAAGGCCUUUGCUUCCUGGGCAUCGCCAUCGGCCCCUUCAUCGCCUUCGCCGCCCACCCCCUGCAGGAACGCUACUACCGCCGUGCCGUCGCCGCGCACGACGGCCUCAGUGUCCCCGAAGCCCGCAUGUGGAUGGCCCGCCUGGGCGCGUUGCUGAUCCCCAUCAGCCUUUUCUGGUUCGGUUGGACCAGCUACGCCUCGGUGCACUGGAUCGUCCCGAUCAUCGCCUCGGUGUUCUUCGGAGCGGGCCUGUAUAUUGUGAUCCUGAGUAUUCUGAACUACGUGGUCGACAGCUACCAGACGUACUCGGCCUCGGCGCUGGCGGGCGUCAUUCUGGUGCGGAACGUCGUGGGCGCCGGGUUCCCGCUGUUCGCGACGCAGAUGUACAACAAGUUGGAUUACGAGUGGGCGUCGAGUCUGCUGGGGUUCAUUGCGAUUCUGCUGGUUCCGAUCCCGUUUAUCUUCUUUUAUAAGGGGAGGGCGAUUCGGUUGCGCAGUCCGUGGGCCCGCGAGCAUUUCGAUUCGAAUGAGGAUAGUCCUCAUUAG